AAAUUUGACAUUUAACAUACAUUUUGUUUAAGUCAUAACUGCACUUUUGUGUUGAUAGUUUGUAUUUGCUCAUAUUUGCUUGAAGAAGUUUCCAAAUUUCAGUGUUAUUGUGUUUUCUUGAUUGUUUUCGGUGCAAGUGUGAGGAUUUGGGGCCCAUGAACAGCAGCCAACAUGAAUAGCGACGAUCUCCCAAUCAAACCAGAGACUACAGAUGGGGCUCCUGGGGAUUGUCUUCCUAUUCCAAGUGAACAUAUUAAAACAGAGCAGGGGGUCGAGGCUCCAAUUGCUAGCUAUUCACCCACCGAGCAUUAUUUUAAAUGCUCCUUCCAUGGAUGUCCCUUCACCACAACCACCCUCAAGUUGCACAAAGAACAUAAGAAACGACACGUUUUGAAAGGCAGCCGGAAGUGUUUGUAUUGCUCGUUCAGCAGCAAUAAGCAAAGCGCCUUAACGUGGCACCUGUUGCACCAUGUUGAAGCGCAAAACACAAAACCGUCAAAUGUAGCGAAGGAAGAGGACGUGGCUGCAGCAUUUUAUUGCGCUUUUCCAUGGUGCUCUUUCAGUACCAAUAAUCACCGUUUAUUAAAAAGGCAUCAGGCCAAGCACAGUCCGUCUAGCUUGAAAUGUCGAUAUUGUUCAUUUAAGUGCAAAAAGGCCAAUGUGCUGAAGGCUCAUUUGAAGCAGCACGAAGACGUCAACAACUCAACCCCGGAGCAUGUUACGGGAGAGCAUUUUACUGAAGUUAAAAAUGAGAAAAUCCUGGAAAUCACUCAGGGAAAAGGAGAUUUUUUAACGCAGUUUUUGAAAUACGACAAAUGGUCCAUGAGAAUUUACCUGCAGUGCCCAAAGUGCCCCUUUAAGAAGAGAUGUAGUCAGAAGAACAUGUUUUUGGGGCACCUUCAAAAACACAGUGCGACUGCACUUGGCACAAAGUGUUCAUUUUGUACAUACAAGACAACUGUUAAAGGGAUUAAAAUCCAUGAAUUAAUUCAUUUGGACCGGAAAAUCAGGCUGAAGAAGGAUUGGUGCAGCACGAUCAAAUCAAGGCUGUUACUUCAGCAUCUGAAAGCGCAGAAAAAGGGAUCCUCAUCCAACAAUGAAGAGAGCAAUGAAAACUCGGAUCACGCGGAAAGUUCCAACGAUAUUAAUUCACUCGAGGGCUGCGAACAACGUUCUGCUGCUCUAAGUCCGACGAAUAGUGCACAAAAUGGAAACAUACAGCCGGCUAAUAUAAGAUUUGCGCAGUCAAAUUUGGUUGAGACUAGUGUAGACAAUGGAGCAACCACUGCUCAGGACAGUACAAGUAUUCAAAUUACUACCAGCGGUUCAGAGCUGAGCGGCAGAAAUGGCGCAAAAUCGCCUGCAACACCAAACGCGCCGGAUGAUCAGGACAGCAAUAAUCAAAGUAUUACCAUCACCAUUACAACUUCGGAAGCUUGCAACAAUGCAGACUUAAUUAAACAAGCCCUGGUAAGCGAGAUCUUAAAGAAGUUCGACUCAGGCAAAUCCUCAGUGGACUUGUCCUGCAACAAUGCAGUUGAUGCCGCGGAAGAGUUUGCCGAAACAGUCGAGGUCAGCGACAACCUCAUUGAAGCUUCGCCCGUUCAUAACGAGAGUCUGUUUUCCAACGAAUUCGAAAUGUUUACGGAUUUCACUCAGGACGUUCAAUCCGAAUCCAAAGGCUUUAUGGACUUUAAUAGCCCCAGCAGUUCAGAGGAGAAUUGCCUGGAGGAACUAAUCUCAAAUGAUUGUCAUUCGCUUUUCGAAGUAUCGACUGGGGCUGAUCAGAUCUCCAAUUUGGAUGUCGAUGGUUGGGGUGUAGAUGGUUUCUCCCAAACUGUUCAAAGUUCAAUUGAUCCACCUAAGGCAUCUAGAAAGUCGACGACGAAAGCCGCUGAUUGCUCCAAGACGUCGAAAGGGACGCAUGAGGAUAAUGAAGUAAUCAUUGUAAUUGAUAGCGAUGAGGAAAACCAGAGUGAGAACAAUCAAAGACACGUAGUGAAACCUAAAAGAAAACUAGUUGAAAGCCGUGUUCAGCCCCAGAAAAAGGACACCACCAACACCAACGCUGAGAUUUACGCGUGCAAUCAUUGUCCAUCAAAGUUUUUGAUUAAAUCGCAAUUAGCCAUCCACAAUAUGCUGCAUAUUGCGCGUGCAGGGUUGAGAUGUCCGCUCUGUUCGUACACGAAUAACAAAACCAGUCUACUUAAACAUUUGAUGUGCCAUGUCGUAAGCGACGAAGGGCUUUUCAAGUGUCCCCUUUGCGAUACCACGAAACGUAACAUCGAAUAUAUGAACGACCAUUUCAAGGUGGUACAUUCUGGACAUAUUUUCCAACCACAUGAAGAUGUGUGUAGGAGAAGGUUUUGUAGCGGAUGUUGCGGAAAAUUGCUGCUUAACAAUACAGGUUUGAAGGCGAAAUACAGGUUUAUAUAAAGAAAAUGUAUGUUAAUUAAAGUAUGAAUUGCAA